CCUGACUACAGGACCACGGCUACCGCGGCACUGAUAGGCUUGGAUACUUAGCGAGAGACAGCGACCAGACCCUCCCUCCCUCUCCCUCUCUCUCUCUCUCUUCUCCUCCUCCUCUUCCACAAUCUCCCGUGUCUCACUCUGCUGUGGUAUAGACUGCAGGCUGCACGCGCUCAGUGAGUCCUUCUCUCUCUCUCUGUCCUGCUGUCUCACUCAGCGUUUCAGGAACAGAAGCUGACUCUUCUGCACUGUUCUCUGCAUGACUGUCACAAAGAUGUCAUGGCGGCCGACCUACCGGAGCUCCAAGUUUCGAAACGUCUAUGGCAAAGUGGCCAACCGAGAGCACUGCUUCGAGGGCAUCCCGAUCACAAAGAACGUCCAUGACAACCACUUCUGCGCGGUCAACGCCAAGUUCCUCGCCAUAGUAACGGAGAGCGCGGGAGGAGGAUCUUUCGUUGUUAUCCCGGUCACUCAGUUUGGCCGUAUCGACCCUCACUAUCCAAAGGUCUGUGGUCACCAAGGCAAUGUGCUGGACAUCAAAUGGAAUCCUUUCCAUGACAACAUAAUCGCUUCUUGUUCAGAGGACUCUUCUGUGAGAAUAUGGGAGAUUCCUGAUGGUGGACUGAGGAGGAAUUUGACAGAAUCUGUAUUAGAACUGUAUGGCCACAGCAGGCGUGUUGGUCUCAUAGAGUGGCACCCAACCACUAGUGGGAUUCUCUUCAGCGCUGGCUAUGACUACAAGAUCCUUAUUUGGAAUCUUGAGAUUGGGGAGCCAGUUAAAAUGAUUGACUGUCACACAGAUGUGAUCCUCUGUAUGUCGUUUAACACAGAAGGCAGCCUGCUGGCCACCAGCUGCAAGGACAAGAAGCUCCGCGUCAUCGAGCCUCGCUCUGGAAAAGUGCUACAGCAGGAGGCGAACUUUAAAAACCACAAAGUGAACCGGGUUGUGUUCCUAGGCAACAUGAAACGACUCUUAACGACAGGUGUGUCUCGCUGGAACACACGCCAGAUUGCGCUCUGGGACCAGGAGGAUCUGUCCAUGCCUAUUAUUGAGGAGGAGAUUGACGGCCUUUCAGGACUGCUUUUCCCUUUCUAUGAUGCAGACACACAUAUGCUCUACUUAGCAGGAAAGGGUGAUGGGAACAUCCGGUACUAUGAGGUCACCCUGGAGAAACCCUACCUGCAGUAUCUCAUGGAGUUCAGGUCUCCUGCACCACAGAAAGGGCUCGGAGUGAUGCCGAAGCAUGGGCUGGAUGUAGGAGCGUGUGAAGUCUUCAGGUUUUAUAAGUUGGUGACUCUAAAGGGCCUGAUUGAGCCAAUCUCUAUGAUUGUACCUAGAAGGUCGGAGACAUAUCAAGAGGACAUAUAUCCCAUGACUCCUGGGACAGAACCUGCUCUGUCUGCUGAUGAGUGGCUCAGUGGAGUUAACCGGGGUCCGGUGCUCAUGUCCUUAAAAGAGGGAUACAACAGACCAAACAAGCUGGUGUUCAAGGCUCCUGUGAAGGAGAAGAAGGGUGGAGUAGUCAAUGGGAUUGACCUGCUAGAAAAUGUGCCUCCCCGUACAGAGAAUGAGCUCUUGCGGAUGUUCUUCAGGCAGCAGGACGAGUUGCGGCGACUGAAGGACGAACUUACGCAGAAGGACAUUAAGAUUCGACAGCUUGAGCUGGAGCUCAAUAACAUAAGGAACAGCCCAAAUAUCAACAACAACAAUAACAACAGCAGCAGCAGCAGCAAUGGUAGCAGCAUUUGACAUUGGAUCUGUGCUGUGUCUGUUGAUCUCCUAAAGUGACACACUAUAAGCCCUGAGCGCUGCUGAAACACACAGGCUUCCUUUUUUCCUAAACUCCAAUUUCCCUCCUUGAAGACCGCAGGAAAGCAAGCGCUUGUCUUCAUAAAGCAGUGUUUCACUCUGACCCCCAAUGUUGACCCCACAGCUGCUGUGUGCUAAGUCGACUUUAUUGGAGUGAUGAUUCACUAACCCUGUGAAAACUGUCCCAUCACAUGACCUUCAGUCACACUGUGGGUCUACCUGCAGUGGAGUGAUUCUCUCUAUAUGGAUUGGUUUUGGUGCAAGCUAUUCAUUGCAUUAUCAUCUCAUAAUUGUAGACUAAAUUUAAUUAUUAGAAUUAUUUAUUUCAUUUUUUUAACCUCGUUCUAAACAGCUUAAUAAAUGCCAUAUAGAGCAGAAACGUGUUUUCUAAAGUCAACAUGCUUCACCCAUCAAGCUGUUAUCUCAUGUAAACACUAGGUCUAUUGCGUCAUUUUGAUAUGACCCACAGUGCUAAUGUAGAAACUUAAACACUGCAGUGCUGUAAUCUUACACAACAGAUGAUAUUUAUCCAAUUGACGUGCUCCUAAGUCUAGAAGUAUUGAGUUUGUUGGGGAAUGUGUUGCUUCACAUAAUUUAGAUUCUUCUCACACUGUGCAAUGUAAAAUACGUUCAAGUCAGUUAAUGGAGGCAAUUCAAAAAGGUUAAAUCAAAUAAACUUCAAAAUAAUGUCAGAAUACAUUACACUUUGCACCUGAUGAAAACACAAAAGUCCUUAAAUUGUAAAAUCUAAUUAUGAAAUGAAUUAGUAAUAGAUGUAGUAUUAGAGACCUACACUGUAGUUUCCUAGGAAAGUACCUAAAGUUUGAAGAGAAAGUCAGAAAAAGAAAGUUGAAUUAAAGAAUGAGACAGAAAUUGUUACAUUUUUGAAAGCUGAAUGAAUGUUAAUACUUUUCAUUUUUGAUUUAUAAAGCAUAAUGAAGCAUUGUUACUUUUUUAAAUUAACAUUUAAAUCAGACCUAUUUAUUGAUUUCCAUUUCAGUUCAUACUUUUAAAUGAAGCAUCUCGUGUUUUCAGGUUUGUAGCUUGUAACCAUGAAUUUACUGUGUUCUUGCUAACCUCCCUGCUGAUAAAAAUCAAUAGAAACCAUCGCAGAAAUUCUAAAUAUUUAAAAUGGUUUCCAGUACAAAUAUCAUUACAAACCAUCAACUUCCAACCAUUAAAACGAUUAAAAAUGGUUUUCCUGUGGUGUGUUUUCAGACAUAUUCCAUUAGGAUUUAGUGGGUUUAACAAGCCAUCAAUAGAGGGUUAAGUUACCCCCGGAUGUGCAGCCAUAUUGGUGGUACUUGGAUGUAAACAAGAACAUGGAUUGCACGGUUAACGUACUACUAAAUAUGUUGUUCUGCUAAUUUAUGCUGUCUAAACCACGGGUAUAAAAGGACUGGGUGGGAAAGGGUGCAAUAUUUUGAAAAACUAAAAAAUAAUAGGUAGUAAAGAUAUAUUUCACCUACCUGACUGGAAAUGAUGAGAACAAACACAGGUUGUCAAGAUUCUUGCCCUGAUUCUUUUGUUCCUCAGUUUUUUGCGCUUAUCUCCUUGAUUUGUUACAACUUUUGGCAGUUUAUAGUACUCCAAAUGUUUUUCCCAAAACAUAACAAUAACUGACCAUUUUCAGCAGCAAAAAUAAGCGAAAUAUGCGAGUUUCAUUUGCUUCAGUAGAGUUGUUUACAUGCAGUGCCGCCAAAAUGGCUAAUUGAUGAGGCGUAGUGAAAACACUAUAGAAGGUGACCAAUUACCAAUGGAGACCAACAGGCACUAUUACAGUUUCCAUUAAAACCAGUACAAUUUCUGUUAUGACCAGCAAAGCCAUUUACAAAUUCUGUGAUUGUUUCUAUUGUUUUUUUAGCAGGGCUUUGACAUUCAAAUGAUUGCCCCUUUUAAACAAGCUGCUUCUUAGAUUGGAUGUAAAUUCUUAUGAAGUGCAUUGUAUUCAGCUUUGAACUUUCAAUGUAAACCCUUUCAAAUGUUUUACUGUAAAGCGGACAAAUUCCUUGUGGGCAAAUAUAUUAUGCGCCACGAAAGACUACAGGUGCAGUCCUGCUCUUCUAGAGCUCCUCUCUAAAGGUUACCCUAUUAAUUAUAAUUUAAAUCAUUUAUUUUCCCGGGAACAAACUGGACCAGCUCGUUUUUUAGAACGUUGAAUGGCACAUUUACUCGACCACCUUUGAGGUGAUGUGUUCAAACGUUAUCCCUUUUAAAACACAUUAUCAGGUUCCUAAAUGAGCUAGCGAUUAUAAAUAACCUCGCUCGACCAGUACGAAAAGGAAAGUCAGUCCACCUCUGAAUUCAGCCAGUGAGUGUUUGACAUUUUCCAGCUGUCGCUAUUUAAUGAAUACGCUAUGAGCCUCAAGCUUUGUAAAUAUUUUGUCUGAUAAAACAAUAACACAACUUCA